GUCACGGGUUCACAUUGACACGGUGAGUCGAAAGCGAGGUGGGUAUGUUGUUCCUACGCGGUGGUGGCGGCGGGGGAGCUGCUGCAGUUGCUGGUGGAGUGUUUUCGCGGUACUUCUCGAGGAAGCGCAGCCCUGACCUCCGCCGUAUAAACCCGAAGGUGCCCACAGAGGAGGCCACCGUGAUCUCCCGAAACCUCUACCGGAUCGUCAAGAACAAUGGUCCCCUCUCCGUCUCCCACACUUGGAACCACGCCAAGGAAGCUGGUAUCGAUGGGUUGAAUAGUAAGACCCAUAUGAAAAUCUUGCUGAAAUGGAUGAUGGGACGGAAGAUGCUAAAGCUUUCUUGCACUCAUGUUAGAAAUGCAAAGAAGUUUCACUACUCUAUCCUGCCAGAAGAUCCUCAAGCUCGCAAGAAUCUUAGCUCUCCCUCGCCAGCACCAGACACUACGAAGGCUUCAGGCAAGGUGGAAAAGCAGCAACAAAAAAGGUCCAGAAAGGGGAAAUGAACUAUGUAGCAUGGCACAACUUAAACGGAAGCUGUGAUCAAUCUUGUUUGAGUGAGCAUUGUAUCUUUGUCACUGGACAAACAUGUUUCAGCCUUGACAACCCAAGACCAUGUUCGUGAUGUCUUCUAUAAGUUUCAUGUGAAUUUUAAUGGAGUCAUUUAGCUAGCGAUGACAACUUCUUAGCACUACAUUUGUCAUGCAGUUGAUCGCUUCCUUUGUGAACUCAAGUUUUGAUAAUAAAUUAUAUUGGCCUGCUUGAUGCUGGUGGUGGA